AUGGCUCGAUCGUUGCCAUAUGAUGACGAUUCUAUCAAAGCUCAUCUCCAAUCUGCAUCACAAGCAUUAGACUGUUCUCUUGACAAUCAUCGCUUACCCACACAUCAGUCUCAACGAAUUUCAUCAAAUGGAAGAUCUCGAAUCAUCGUUCAUACAAGAAUUCGAUCGCCCAAACAUGGACGUAUUUCGAAAGAGAAUCGGAUUAGAAGCACUGAUUCUGAUCCACACUCAACCUCCGGUAUACUCGCAACUCAAUACAGCUCGAAAAGAACGAGUUUUUCAAAUUCAGUUGAAGGUAGACAAAGUAUAGCACCCGAUCUUCAUCGUACCGCGGAAUCUCCAUGGUAUCGAUCACCGUUACCGGUAGAUACAAAAGAUUUGUUUUCAAACACGAAAGACUUUCAUCAAAACUCCAAAGACGAUACAACGACGCGAAAAAAACGUAAAGCUGCUUUGUUCUCUUCAUNGACUAUUAUACAUAUAUGUUUAGUACAUAUGUAUAUAGGUUGUUCUCUGCCGUCGGAUGACAUUCACUUUCUCUUCGUGUCUUCGACACUUCUUCUUGUUUUUCUCUCUCGUGUGUUGUGA